UAUUGGAUGGACUCGCAUCGCAAAGAGUAGUAGCGGAUAUUAUUUGUUAUUGCUUUUAGCGCUGAGUUGGACUCACUUACGUGACUACGCCAUGUCGCGGCACCACGGUGCCAGCCUCUUGCCACUGGCAAAUAGGUGUUGCGCACAUGCAACUGCAUACUCACGUUUAUGGCGUGCUCUGGCAACGGCAGCGGUUGACCCCGCAAGCCAGACUGCUGUCCUCCAAUCACGCGGCGUUCUGCAGGCCGAGGGCCCCCAAGUCCUGAACUUUCUGCAGGGCAUCGUCACGAACGACGUACGACCGCUUGAAAACGCGGGGCCCCAGCAACCCCCCGUGUACGCUACCAUCCUAACGCCCAAGGGGAAGUUCCUGCACGACGUGCUCAUCUUCCCGCAUCCAGAGCGACCGGACUCUGUACUCAUCGACGUUGACAGGAGCGGGGCGGCAGCAGCGCUGCAGCUGCUGAACCGGUACAAGCUGCGACGCCCCAUCACCUUCCGUGACGUCAGCAGCCAGUUCCGAGUGGCCGCUUGCUGGGGUGCCGCCGCACAGCCGCCAGGUCCCUGGUGGCGCCCCGACCCCAGGCGCCCGGAGCUGGGCUUCAGAGGGCUGCUGCCGGCGUCAGGGCCCUCGGCAGAGCAGCAGGGAGCGGGCAGCGGGGAGGAGGAGUACCGGGCGCUGCGCUACCGGCUGGGGGUGGCGGAGGGCGAGGCGGAGAUACCCGCAGGCCAAGCGGCGCCGCUGGACUACAAUGUGGAUGUGCUGCGCGGUGUGAGCUACAGCAAGGGCUGCUACGUGGGGCAGGAGCGCAACUCCUUCACCCACUACCGGGGGGUCAUUCGAAGGCGGCUCAUGCCCGUGCGUCUGGAACCGCUUGAGCAAGCUUCGUCGGAUUCGGCCGCAGGGCCCCCCUCCCUCGCAUGCGGGGCGGAGGUGGUGGAUGCAGCCAGCGGCCGCAGCGUGGGUCAGCUGCGAGGGACGGCUGGUGCCACCGAGUCGGGCUCCAGCGGGGCGCGGUGGGGCAUUGCCUACCUGCAGCUCGCCGCCGCAUUGCCUGCGGCGGAGGGCCGUGUGGAUCUAAGGGUGGCAGCAGCAGCGGCCGUGGGAGGGGAAGCCGGGCAGGCAGGGGAAGGGGUGGAGAAAUCGGCUGGGACGGGCGCGGCGGCGGGGCCGGCUGAGGCUGGUGGGUCAGGAGUGUGGCGUGUGGUGCCUGUGAGGCCGGAGUGGUGGCCGGCGGAGUGGGGGCGGGAAGAGGAGGCCGGCCGAGCGGGGGGCAGCUCUUGAGGUGGAAGCGGGAAGGCCGGAGUGCGCUUUGGGGUGACGGUGUGUUCGUGGAGAGGGUGAAAGGACUUGAGCUGCGGCUGUGAAGCUGGCGCUCUGGGACGGCAUGGUUCGGCAUGUUGGGUGUGUAGAGCUUUAUGCGGGUUGCAACCUUGCAUGGUAGGCGUACGCACAGCAACACAUGAAGGCCCAGAGGCAGCCGUCAGUGCUAGCAUACCAGUACAGCGUACGUGGGUGGCAGAAGGCGCUGCCUGCGCGCGCAGUCUGUUUAUUGCGGCUACAGUGAUACAGUCUGUGGGAGUGCCGUAUCGGCAUGUACGACUUGUACGAAGGCAGUACGCGCUCGCAGCAGGCGCUCGCAGCAUGGCGCCUUUACACCACCUACGUUGCCCACUACCA